AGCUGGGCCGCCCCUCCCCCACCUGCUUCCGGCCGCGGCUCACUUCUCCCGCCUCCGCCUCCGCCGCGGCUCGUGGUCGUCCCGCCAUGGCACUGUCGCGGGGGCUGCCCCGGGAGCUGGCUGAGGCCGUGGCCGGGGGCCGGGUCCUGGUGGUGGGGGCGGGCGGCAUCGGCUGCGAGCUCCUCAAAAACCUCGUGCUCACUGGCUUCUCCCACAUCGACCUGAUUGAUCUGGAUACUAUUGAUGUCAGCAACCUCAACAGGCAGUUUUUGUUUCAAAAGAAACAUGUUGGAAGAUCAAAGGCCCAGGUUGCCAAAGAGAGUGUACUGCAGUUUUACCCGAAAGCUAAUAUCAUAGCCUACCAUGACAGCAUCAUGAACCCUGACUAUAAUGUGGAAUUUUUUCGACAAUUUAUAUUGGUUAUGAAUGCUUUAGAUAACAGAGCUGCCCGCAACCAUGUUAAUAGAAUGUGUCUAGCAGCUGAUGUCCCUCUUAUUGAGAGUGGAACUGCUGGUUAUCUUGGGCAAGUAACCACUAUCAAAAAGGGUGUGACCGAGUGUUACGAAUGUCAUCCCAAACCAACCCAGAGAACUUUUCCUGGCUGUACAAUUCGUAACACACCUUCAGAACCUAUUCAUUGCAUUGUCUGGGCGAAGUAUUUGUUCAACCAGUUGUUUGGAGAAGAAGAUGCUGAUCAAGAAGUAUCUCCUGACAGAGCUGACCCUGAAGCUUCCUGGGAACCAAUGGAAGCUGAAGCCAGAGCCAGAGCAUCUAGUGAAGAUGGUGACAUUAAACGUAUUUCCACCAAGGAAUGGGCUAAAUCAACUGGAUAUGAUCCAGUUAAACUUUUUACCAAGCUUUUUAAAGAUGAUAUCAGGUAUCUAUUGACUAUGGACAAACUAUGGCGGAAAAGGAAACCUCCAGUUCCAUUGGAUUGGGCUGAAGUGCAAAGUCAAGGAGAAGAAACCAGUGCAUCAGAUCAACAAAAUGAACCCCCGUUAGGUCUGAAAGACCAGCAGGUUCUAGAUGUCAAGAGCUAUGCGUGUCUUUUUUCAAAGAGCAUUGAGACUUUGAGAGUUCAUUUAGCAGAAAAGGGGGAUGGAGCUGAGCUCAUAUGGGACAAGGAUGACCCAUCGGCAAUGGAUUUUGUCACCUCUGCUGCAAAUCUCAGGAUGCAUAUUUUCAGUAUGAAUAUGAAGAGCAGAUUCGAUAUCAAAUCAAUGGCAGGGAACAUUAUUCCUGCUAUCGCUACUACUAAUGCAGUGAUUGCUGGGUUGAUAGUAUUGGAAGGACUGAAGAUUUUAUCAGGAAAAAUAGACCAGUGUAGAACAAUUUUUUUGAAUAAACAACCAAACCCAAGAAAGAAGCUUCUUGUGCCUUGUGCACUGGAUGCUCCCAACCCUAACUGUUACGUAUGUGCCAGCAAGCCAGAGGUGACUGUGCGGCUGAAUGUUCAUAAAGUGACUGUUCUCACCUUACAAGAUAAGAUUGUGAAAGAAAAAUUUGCUAUGGUAGCACCAGAUGUCCAAAUUGAAGAUGGAAAAGGAACAAUCCUAAUAUCUUCAGAAGAGGGAGAGACAGAAGCUAAUAAUCACAAGAAAUUGUCAGAAUUUGGAAUUAGAAAUGGGAGCCGACUUCAAGCAGAUGACUUCCUUCAGGACUACACUUUAUUGAUCAACAUCCUUCAUAGUGAAGACCUAGGAAAGGAUGUUGAAUUUGAAGUUGUUGGUGAUGCCCCAGAAAAAGUGGGGCCCAAGCAAGCUGAAGAUGCUGCCAAAAGCAUAACCAAUGGCAGCGACGACGGAGCUCAGCCUUCUACAUCCACAGCACAAGAGCAAGAUGAUGUGCUCAUAGUUGAUUCGGAUGAAGAAGGUCCCUCAAAUAAUGCUGAUAUCAGUGAAGACGAAAGAAGUCGCAAGAGGAAGCUAGAUGAGAAAGAGAGUGUCAGUGCGAAAAGGUCACGCGUAGAGCAGGCAGAGGAGCUUGAUGAGGUUAUAGCAUUAGAUUGAACAGAACUGCCUCUGAACGGAGCCUCUUACUCCAUUAAGGCCUUCUGGGCAGAACCAGGUUAUUUGUUACGUCCUUUGUUCCAAAGGGAAAAAAUUGACACCAGUGACUUGAAGAUGAUUCUGCUCCCUUUGAAAGCGUUCAUUUUGCUAGAACUAUUAGAAACAUUGCAGUGUGCUGUACUGAAAGUAGGAAUAUAGUUUUAAAACCCUUUGAACAAAGUAUGUGCAUAACCAGUCCAUGAGAUGAAACAACACAAUGCAUGUUGCCUUUUUAAUGUAAAUACCCUUAGGUAUCAUUUAACAGUUUUAAAAUAUUGUGGUUUAGUAAAGUUGAUACCUGGUUAUAAAUAUUAUGCCUUUAUUUUUGGUUAGAAGAAGAAUUAUUUUUAGCCUAGAUCUAACCAUUUUCAUACUCUUAACUUACUGAAACAGAUUCAAAGAAGUAUCAAGUGCUAUGCAUUGAAACGUGUUUUUAAAUGUUAACUGGCACUAUGUAUAUUAAUGUAAAACAGUUGUUAAUUUACUCAAGUUUUCAGCUUGUACUGCCUGGUAUGUCUGUGUAAGAAGCCAAUUUUUGUGUAUUGUUACAGUUUCAGGUUAUUUAUAUUUGAUGUUUUGUAAAACUCAAAUACAACUAUACUGUACUUGCGGACCAAAUAAAUGACAUCUGCAUACUUGUUA